AUGAAUGCAAUUUGGAACCAUUCUUCCAUACUGCCUUCCAUUCAAGAAACUAAAAUUUCUAUCAUGAACGAUGUUUUGGCUAAAAGUCUUUGGUGUAAUGUGGAGAUUGGAUUUUCUUUUUCUAAUUCGGUGGGAAGAUCGGGAGGAUUGAUUACUUUAUGGAGGAAAGAUAAAAUGGAGGUCUUGCUUAGUUUCAAAGGGGAAGGAUUCUUAGGUAUUAAAGUGUGUUGGAAGGAAGAAUUAUAUUAUAUUGUGAAUGUUUACUCUUCGUGCGAUCUUAAUAAGAAGAAGGUUAUAUGGGAUAAUAUCCUUAAUUUGAAGGAGGCUUUUAGGGACGGGGAAUGGAUUAUAGGAGGUGACUUCAAAUCUAUCAAGAAUGUUAGAGAAAGAAAAGGGAGAGCGGGGGAGGCGAACAAAAGGGAGGCGGAUCUUUUUGCGGAAUUCAUUUGUAAGAGUGCUUUGGUGGAUAUUCCUUGCAAUGGCAAAAAGUUCACGUGGUUUAGUGGAGAUGGUAAGUCUAUGAGUAGGAUUGAUCGUUUCCUUUUAUCUUACAAUGUGGUGAAUAUUUGGGAUGUUAGUGGUCAAAUGAUUGGUGAGAGGGAUAUUUCGGAUCAUUGUCCUAUUUGGAUAAUGACGGAUAAGUACAAUUGGGGGGCAAAACCAUUCAAAUUCAAUAAUGAAUGGUUUACUUUUGACUCUUUCUUACCGUUCGUAGAGAAGGAGUGGUUGAGUUUGAAGGUGGAAGGAAGAGGGGACUUUGUUUUGAAAGAAAAGCUUAAGCUCUUAAAGGACAAGCUCAAAAGGUGGAAUAGGGAGGUAUUUGGGAAGAUCAAUUUGGAUAUUGAGGAAGAUGUCAACGACAUUAAUCUUGCCGAUGAGAGGCUAGCUUCUACCUCCUUUUCUUUGGCUUCUUUUGAGGAAAACUUGGUUUUUAGAAAAGAGGCGACGUGUGGGUUUUGGAGGAAUUUGAGAAUUAAAGAGAAUAUGCUUGUGCAAAAGUCUAGGAUGAAGUGGCUUAAAGAAGGAGAUACUAAUAGUGGAUUUUUUCAUAAGGUGAUGAAACAAAGAAGAAUUCACAACCACAUUGGCCCAAUUCUAACUUCGGGAGGCAUGGUGGAGUCGGUGGAGGAAGUUAGGGAGGAGGUGUUCAAACAUUUCGGGAAUAAAUUUGUUGAACCGGAAGUGACUAGACCGGUGUUAGAUGGUGUUUAUUUUAAUACUUUAAGUAGGGAGGAGGCGAGGGGGCUUGAGAAACCUUUCCUAUAA